AUGGUCUACAUCUUUGCCUUGCUCUUGAUACCACGCCCCUUAUCUAACAUUCCUGGUCGCAUUGUCUUCAGCAACAGACAUCCGAUAGGUAAUGUCGAGAUUGCAAUUCACAAUGAUGUCUACAAACUUUCCAAUUCCGAAUUCCCAAAACCUGAAGACAACUCUGGUAUUUUUAUGGCUAUGGAUGACUCACGAACUCCAGGAACUCAUCACGCAGUCUAUAGUGCUAUGAAUAUGCCAUACGCUGAUAUGAUGGCCAGAAUUAUGGGCGGAGCAUCACCCUUGACAGAUGAACAAGUCAUUAAUCUUGAAAAAGAUGCAAUUGCAGUUCAAGAAUGCCACCGAUAUCUUCAGAAUAAAGCCCAGGAAGUUGAUACAGUUAUGCCACUAAGGUCUCGUACGCCACGAGCAUUUGUGUGGUAUCAAGGCAGACCUCAUCUACUCAUUGGAUGUGGUGGAAAUAAGCGUGCUUGGUUCAUAGCGACUACACUCAAGGGAAGAGACGUAUUAAAACCAUUAGAUGUAGCUAUAAUGCUAGUUAAUGACAGUUACGGUAAGGUAGAAAGUCUUGUGAAAAAAAGCAUGCUAGGCGUUGAGCUAGACCUGAAGAGAAGUCGGAAAAUCAACCCAGAAGUAGAUCCUUCCACCUUCGGAAGAUUCUCCAUAGUAAGAUUAUCGAAUCCAGGAGAAAAAUUGCCUGGCAUUCUUACCCACUGGAAUGAAUGCAGUUUGUACAAGAGUUCAUCACCCAAACUUUUCAACUGGGGUGCACGAUUUUAA